AAUUGGAAUCUUAACGCAUAAUGCAUGUUAUCGUACCUAGUUCGAGUUUGAAUGUUUCGCAAUGUUGUCCACUUCCCUUUCAGCACCUAAGCUAUUUUUCUUAUUAUUAUUGAUUACUAUAACUAUUGCUCUGAAAAAUGGCAUGGACGACAAUCUUGAUGCAAUCUUCAGGCCAUCUCGUAGCAGAAAUAUGAGAAAAACGGAAAGUUUGAGAGCUACAGAAAGUUAUGGAUUAGCAGGUCUUAUUGGUGAGGGUCAAAAGAAAGCUGACUGUUACCGUGGGGGAUACAGAACUAGUGGUGGAGGUGGUACUGGAGGUGGUCCACCAAUCAUCAUCAUUGGUGGGGGUGGCGCUAAUGGUGUGAUUCCAGGAGCUGGUGGUGCAAUUCCAGGAGCUGGUGGUGCCUUUCCAGGAGCUGGUGGUGCUAUUCCAGGAGCUGGUGGUGCUAUUCCAGGAGCUGGAGGUACAGCAGCAGGAGGUACGGGAGGUUUCCCGGUACCAGCAGCUGCAGCAUCGGGCACUGCUUCUGGUGUAACUGCAGUACCAACAGCUUGAAAAUUUUUUGAUUAGAAUAAAGAGAAAAACUUAAAAUUUA